CUUAAUAUAUGAGCUUUUUUCCGUUCAGUCUAACUUAACACUUCAAACCGGCAAAAUGAGCAACAAGUUCUGUCCAUUUUCAGUAGUUUUAGUGGUUUGUGCAGUGAUUGAAGUCGAAUGUUGUCCAACACACAUCUCGAUUUGGCCCAAUGGGAAGACAUCAUUUGAAGCGACUAUCCAGGUGCGAUGGGAUCAAAACUGCGAUCCAAAGCCGAACUGGAUUAAGUUUUUUGAGAAGGAUCCUGCGAUAUCAAAUUUAUUCCCCAAAUCUGCAAUAGAAAUUCACAACGAUUCCUCCACGGAUGUAGUGAUUGACCAAAGAAUCGGGAAGCUUUUAUUUCCCGGCGGAUGGAACCGUAACGACCAAUUGUCAUUGCAUUCAACCAAACCGAAAACAUAUCCGCGUGGGAGAUGCUUGGAUUACUAUGUCGCCAGCUUCCGUGAUAGUGAUCUGUUGAGUGUUAAUUGUCUGAAAAUUCAACCAAAUUGGAUGCGCCUGACUGAACAUAUCGCGGAUAUACCACUGAAGAGUCUUUUUAUACCAGGAACACAUGCAUCAGGCUGUUACUACAAUAUUACCAAAAAAGGUUCUUGGAAAAUGGAGAAGUUCUAUCACACUCAAAACUACGAUGUAUGGACACAACUUGUAUUCGGUGUACGAUUUUUAGAUCUGAGUUUGGGGUACUUCCUGAGCAACACCGCGAAAUACAGUAUAUCGACGGUUUAUGAAGACACGCUCGUAAACCCAAUAAUCAACAUUUUGGUGGAUGUGAGAAACUUUGUACGACUUUCAGGGGAGGUAGUUCUGUUAGAUUUUAGAGACUUCCUGUCAGGUUCUAGGGAUAACGUUCAAUAUUAUCAUGUGCUCAUCAGUUUACUGGAGAUUGAACUGGGAGAAUUUACAUUCAGACGCAAUACAUCCUCUACUCAUAACCAACUUUACGACUUCAGCUUGAAUGAUGUUAUAAAAGCAGGAAAGAAUAUUUUGCUGAUGGGUUCCUUGGAGAAGUUGAAGGAGUUUGAUGUUGAAACAGAUCUCAUUUGGCCGAGCUGGAAAAGUUUUUCAACGGGAAAUCUCAAUGACUCCGAAAUAUUGGACCAAAUGCGACUGAUAUUUUCAGGAAGGUCGAAUUCCCCGACAUACAACGAAGGAUUCAUUUUUCAUUUCAAUAGGGGUCAAGAAGCUUUUCCCCAGUUUGUCGACAAGGUCUCUACAACUCGGGAGCGAGCCAUUUCAAUUAAUUAUAAAAUCAAGGACUGGCUUAGCGGGCCAUGGAGUCUUCAAGCAAAUGUUGUCACAGCAGACUUCAUAAUGAGCACGAAUUUGAUUGAGCUGGCUCUAACGACAAAUCGUUACAAAGCCUAUCGAUUCGCUAAUGAGUUUGUAAGCUUCCCUGUUUCGUAAUAUUUGUACGGUCCUGAAGGAAGAAAUUGUAUUUAUAUCACAUAUUUUGUAUUAUUAUGAAUUAUUAAAGAUUGAUAACAAAGAGA